AUGCCGGCCACUGAGAUGCAACAGAUGGAAAUGGAUAUGGUGCAAGGCAUGUAUGAUUCCUUCACUCUUUGCAGUGAAGACCCUCCAACAUAUUCGGUCGUUCUCUCAGCUACGGAAGAUGAGCCGCCGGAGUUACGCGUCACUGUUGUAUACGAGUCUGAUGACUAUCCCGAAACAAUGGCACCGACUGUACGGCUGGAACAUUUCGCCAAAAAUCGUCGUAUGCCCACUGCUCCACUUUUAAAGGAAAUAAUGGAACUCUGUGAAGAGCAGAUAGGUAUGCAUAGUAUUAUCUCUGUACUUCAAAAAGCCCAAGAGUAUUUGACAGAGUUUGCAGAGGGAGAUGAAAAGGCAGAGUUGCAAAAAAGGGGCGAGGCGCUUGGAAACGCAGCCGGUACCGCGGUUGUUCAGGACCCGACCAUUCGAAUUGGUAACGCCGUUACACGCGAGCUCUUCGAGGAAUGGAGUCAAAAACGCAGAGCCGAGAGAUUGCGGGAGCGUGAAGCUAAUGAAAAGAAAGUUAGUGGAAAGCUGACAGGUAGACAGUUGUGGGAUGCGGCGCUUAGGAACACGGAGUGGGACCUGUUUUGUGGCUCGGAUACCGAACAAGAUGUUGAUUUGGACGCUUUUGAACCGGUAGAUGAAGACGACUUGGACGAGCAGGAGUUUGAUUUGGAUGAAUGA